CAUCAAGAAUCAGCUAAACAAAGCUAUUUUUCUUUCUAAUAGUAGGUAGGCCAAAUAUAUUAUGUACAAGAUCAAGAAUAUUUAAGGGAAGAAGAGGUGUCUACUGUCUACUGUCUUCAUUCAAUAUGUCAAUAAACACACCUCUCACAUACAAAAUAUGACUAUAAAGAUAUAAAGAUACACAAUCUUUAUACCAUAAAUACCCUUUCUGCAACACCCUUUCAUCACUUGUUCAUUGUCUAUCCUAUAACAAAAACAACAACAAUGUAUAAUAGUAGUAUAUAUAUAUGUAUAGUUUUUUUGUUGUCUUGGUCAAGAGAGAACUUUCUUACCACCUCUCUUUCUUUCUCUAUUUACUCCUUUUCUUGUUUGGCCUUAUUGCUGUGUUGUAUUAUUGUUUUUUUUCCACUCUUCUUUGCCUCAUUUGCCCCCUUUUUCUUGAUUUUUUCAACUUUUUUGUCUCUUUGUUUUGUCCAAGAUCUGAUCUUUUCUGUGUAAAGGGAUUAGUUUGAUUCAUCUGUGAUCUAAAAAGAUGAAAAGGGGUGCUUUGGAAUCAUCAUCUUAUGGUGUUUUUGAAGAACCGAAAGUCAGGUUGAAGCAUCAGAGACUAUUGCAGGACUAUAAAGGGCUUCAAAAGGAAACUGACGGCAUAAUGCACAAAUUGGAGGAUUCAAAGCUGAGGAAACUCAGAUUACUAGCUGAAGUUCGUUUCUUACGCCAGAGGCACUCGUAUCUUUUGCAAUUGAAGUCCUUAAGUCCUCCUAAAGGGAAAGAGCUAGUAUCACUACCGCAAGUUACGAGUAAAAACAAACUGCCCCCUCUUCCUGGCCCGAAACAGAACGGAAGGAUACAGAUUGCAAAGGUAGCUGCGUCAAAAAAGACGCCUGAUGUUCAUGUAAACCGCAACUUAGUUGAUGGAAAACAUGCUGUUUUUCACAAUGCAGAUUUUGAGUUAAACCGUAAAUCAAUAGUAUAUAGUGGAAAGGAAGUUUUAUCGUCCCUUAAAGGAUCUCCAGCCGAAGAUUUGAAGCAGAACGAGAGAUUGUAUAUAGCGAACAAUGCCAUCCUACAGAGCACCUCGGCUACUUCUGAUUUAAAUCAGGACACUGGUCAUAGUGGCAAAGCGGCCGCAUUGCCCACUCGUGCUCCAGUGUUCGAUUUGAAUGAGAUCUCGACGGGUGAAGAGGAAACAGAAGUAAAUUUCGAGCAAGUGCAGCUCGAGGAACCAAACAGAAGUCUUAUCCGAAACCUCAACGAUGAUGUGAAGCUAUUGAAUGUUUGUAGAGAUGUUGGAGAAGGCACCUCUCGGGUGGGAGAACGAAAAUUAUCAUGGCAAGACCCUGUCGCUGUGAGGGUUUGACAGCAUUCGGUUGAAUGUGGUAAGAAAAUUUCGUGUUAAUGCGAGCAUUUUCAAGCUUGAACUGGCCUUACAUACAUGUAAUACGUACAUACUGUUCAUUGCUAGCAACGAGAUGUAGUCCUUGAAGGUUCCAGAUCGCACAGGCUCAGUGUUAUCAAACGCGCGCUUAAGCCCUGAAGCGAGGCUCAAAACGUGUUGAGCGUUUCGCCUCGCUUAAUGUGUGCUUCAGCGUCAUCAUCAAGGUUCUAAGGCAUGCUUUUCCUUGCCAAUGAGCGCCUCUUCUGAAGAGGCGAUACCAAACAAUUGAUAUUUUACUUUAUCGUAGUUUCUUUGUUCAUAUAUUUGUCACUCAUGAUUGUUAGUUUUGGACUAAACAUAUAUAUUUGUGUUGUUUUUC